UCAGACAAGAAAGAAAGGCUGAUGCAUCUUAAAACCAAACAGAGAGAAUUCCAAAAACAUGUUUUGAAGGCCAUGGAAGGGAAAGAGAUAACUGAUCAGCUGAGAUGGAAAAUAAUGUCUUGCAAGAUGAGGAUUGAGCAGCUGAAACAGACCAUUUGCAAAGAAAAUGAUGAAAUGACAAGACAUGCGGAGGGGCUUCUGAGAAUUAAAGAGGAGAACCAGAAGCAUUAUCGCAGGGCUCAGCGGCAUCAGGAGAAGAAAGAGAAGAUCCAGAGGCAUAACCGCAAGCUGGGAGACUUGGUAGAGAAAAAAACCUAUGACUUGAAAACCCAGUAUGAGCAUCUGGCAAAUCUUCGUCGGACGCAUAUCCUGGAGCUAACAUCAGUCAUAUUUCCCAUUGAAGAAGUAAAGACAAGCAUGAGAGAUCCUGCAGAUGUGUCUUCUGAGAGUGACAAUGCUAUGACCUCUAGCACUGUGAGCAAGCUCGCGGAAGCCAGGAGAACCACGUAUCUCUCUGGGAGAUGGGUGUGUGAUGAUCAUAACGGGGACACCAGCAUCAGUAUCACAGGGCCUUGGAUCACCCUUCCUAACAACGGAGACUAUUCAGCGUAUUACAACUGGGUGGAAGAGAAGAAGACUACACAAGGACCAGAUAUGGAACAUAAUAACCCUGCUUAUACCAUCAGUGCUGCAUUGUGCUAUGCAACUCAGCUUGUUAACACUUUGUCUCACAUACUUGAUGUAAAUCUUCCUAAGAAGCUCUGCAACAGUGAGUUCUGUGGAGAGAAUCUCAGCAGACACAGGUUCACACGGGCAGUGAAGAAGCUGAAUGCUAAUAUCCUUCACCUUUGCUUCUCUCAGCAUGUAAAUUUAGAUCUGUUGCACCCACUGCAUACGCUCAGGAACCUUAUGUACCUGGUCAGCCCAGACACUGAGAACUUGGGCAGGUCUGGGCCUUUUGAAAUUAGUGCUGAUCUCGAAGACUCCAUGGAGUUUGUGGAUCCCAGUGCCACCGGCGAAACAGAUGAGAGUGGAGAUGAGCACGUCAGCGACGAAGAGACAGACCUGGGGACAGACUGGGAGAAUCUGCCGAGCCCCAGGUUCUGCGAUAUCCCCUCUCAGCAGGUGGAGAUGCUGCAGAGCCAGAGCACGCAGGUGUCCCAGCCCAUCGCCAGCAGCAGCGCUGGGGGAAUGAUCUCAUCUGCUGCUGCCUCGGUGACCUCGUGGCUGAAGGCAUACACUGGACAUCGCUAACGAGCACGGGAAGAAAAGGAUCCUAGGAUUUGUGGAAGGAAGGAAUCCCCUCCCCGACAAUGCUGUAGUAAACCUUUACCUAUUCAGUUAAGUAGUGCCUGGAACAAAAGAAAAGGUCAGACUUUCAUUUUGUAAACCAGAAAAACCUUUUUAUUUACCCAAGAUGACUGUGAUAGUACCAUUUUGUAAAUUAGCUAGCUAUGUACUUCUGAUGGAUUCUGUGACGGCACUUUGUGUCUUGGUUCUGUCUGCAUUGUUGAGUAUCCAAGGACCCGGCAGCCUCCAGCUCUACUUUCUAAAGAAGAAACAGAUUUUGGAGUAUUUGGAUUGGGAUGAGUAUGGAGAGAAGGCUGCUCAGUGUGCAGUCUGGACGGUGGUGCAAAUGCAGUUCACAUUUUCUUAACUCCUUACAGGGUUUUUUGUUUGUGUGUGUUUUAAAUCUGUCUUGCAUAAUGCGAAAAUGCGUAUUUCUAAAUUUUUUUCAUUCAGGACAUGGAAGUUAUGCAUUUUUAACAUGUUUUCUAAUCUCUGUUGCCAUAUUUUUAAUACAAAGAAUCAGCGUGGACAGGAAUUCACACAGCAAAUUGCUCUUAUUUUAGAUUUGGUUGUGAAUCUUUACCCAGUUUUGCCGCAGAAAACUGGCUUGUUUCAUGCUGUUUCCACUGGCAGGUAGUCUAGAAGUUUUGUGUUGUGCUGUCCAAAGCACACAAGCUCUUUACUCUUGAUAUCAUACACCAAAGAAACACUGGACGUUCUCUUAGCUAGACCCACAUUUGAUGCUGAUACAGGAUUGCGUUGUUGCAAUAAUCGGCUCCGACACCAUGUUGCCGCUUUUUAAUAUUUGAAAAAAAAAACCAACCUCAUUUCAAGCUAGUUUAAUGAAGUCACGCGGUCUCCACACUACAGGCGUUUUAAAACCUAUUUUAUGUUUAUGGCGGGUUUGUUUUUUAUCCCUCUUGUUUACUGAAUGCCAAGAAGUUGGUUUCAUUUCACUGCAGAAACGCUGGCGGCGCAGCUGGCUGGCUUGUAAAGCUACGGGAGGUGUGACGCUGACAGAUGCGUCCCUUAACAAGUGCUCCUCCGCUUCCUCUGCCUUGCCGUGUGUAUUACUUAAAGAUGGGUUUGCUCAGCAAGGCUUCCAACGUAUGGUUUACAUUUUCUAUAGCUGGGACGUUACUUCUCCACAGGGUAAACUAACGUAAAAGCGUCCUCCCAGCCCUCUGGGUGGGAAGAUUUUUGCCACUCUCCCCUGUAGCUUCCCCGUGGCGAUGCAGCCUGUAACAGGGGCACGGUGAGGUUGCAGAGUGAUGCACAAGCCACGUUCCUGCCAUCAGGCAGCGUCCUCCUGCGUGUCCUUCCAGCUCCGGGGCUGGCUUCCCCGGCCGUCUCCCGGCGUGGUGUGUGGUGGUUUUGCUCUGGUCACCACAGAGCCGGGGGGUUUCUCUGCAGCCAGCUCCCCCACCGAGGAGAGGGUGGAAAAGCAGUUUGGUACCCAGUGAGCUCCCCUCAGCCAGGGGUACGGGCUGAGUCAGGUGUCUCCCAGCCCCCUGCCCCUCUCCUAUGGCAGCUCUUUCUCUUUGGCCUUGCAGAUGGGCGUCUGUUGUCAGUUUGAUUUUUUUAAUUUUUUUUUUUUAAACCAAAGACCCUUAACUCCGCACUAACAGCACGCACGGUGUUAGAUGAAGACACCCUCGAUCCUACCAUUCUUUUGGUCUAAAUCCAAGAGUUGGGUUUGUUUUAAGAGAACAGCCAAGAUUCCCUUGACUACUGCAGCCUGAACGGGGACGGAGCCCCCCGGCCCCUCCAGCAGUGAGCGGGGCCGGGAGGGUUUGGUCACUGCUCAGUUCACAGCACUUUACUCACUUGCAGCUAUCGGAUCCUUUGCAGUUCUGAGCAACCAGCACACGCUCACCAGUACUGUAUAGUGGGCUCUGAGCAUCACACAGCCCCCUCUGGUUCCCCAUUUAUUUUGCACUGGACCCCACCAUAGAAAUAUAUUUUCUUUUUUUUCUUUUUUCUUUUUUUUUAAUACGUAUUUCAGUCACUCUUUCAUUGCUGCCUUUGGGCUACUCUGAACCCCUAAAAGUCAGGCCAUGAUUCUGCUUUGUACGUUGUCAUUUACUUGCUUAGGGGAAGAAAAAACAACAUAAAAAAAACCUUUUAAAGCCAUAUACUUCAUAAUCAUCAUGUUUUCCAAAUAAUUUAUUUAUAACCAUGUCAUACUCUGAAAGUGCAACGGCACUGCGAGGGUGUUAAAUUGCAUUGGGAUAGGUCUUUUCGUGAAACAUUUUUGUAACAGAACACAGAUUGUGAGUUGGUUUGGUUUUUUUU